AUGGGAUUAUGCAAUUAUCAGGCAACAAAUAAUGCGAUGGGAACUGUUCAGAGGAAGCCUGGUCGUGGCGAUACAACUCUGUCAGUUAGCUGCUCAGAUAAGAUUGCCCGUUGGAAUGUUGUUGGAGUACAAGGAGCGUUACUUUCUUAUUUCCUGGAACCAGUGUAUGUUUCUUCGAUCACUGUUGGUUCUUGCCAUCCAAGUACCGAAAACUUAGUUGUGGAAGAUAACUUGAGAAGAGCUCUACAUGAAAGGAUCCUGCCAUUGUCAGACAAGUUAAUUACUCCCUUUCGAGCAAAUAAACCUACGUUUUGGGUUGCUCCCUUGCCCCUGAAAGAGUUUCAGCAUGCUGAGACAGCUCUGGACACUCUGACCUGUGGAUACUCUAUUUGCUGGAAUAUGUCCGGCUUGCAUGAAGUGAUUCUCGGGACAACGGGAAGGAAGCAGGGCACAUCUUCUAAAGGGGCGAUGUUUCCUUCUACUGAGGCCUCUUUAUGCAAGAAGCGGUUGCUCAUCUUAUUUUUUUCACUUGCACAUCAUCUUUGGGCUCAAGAUGCUAUCACUGAAUUAUCAUACCGAGAACUCAAGGAUAGAGCUACUGACUACAGUUUUGCUUCAAAGUCUUUCAAAGGAAGCCCACAUUUUGGAAGCUGGUUUCUCAAGCCUCAUGAUUUCGAACCUUAUAUUAUUUCCGGGCGGGAAAUGACUGACGAGGAAUCACCCAUCAACGUGAAGCGCCUUCUUCUGACAAUCAUGGAAGCAGGAAUACUAAAAAAGUUUUCCUCAUCUAUAAAGGCACACACCUUAACAACAACAGCAACUACAACAUUCCUUUUAGUCUUCUGCUUGCUUUCCCUCCUAUUAAUCUCUACAAGUCUUUGGAUUGAUCCUGGAAAAUAUUCAGGCCUAUUUUCCUAUGGGAAUACUGGACUGAGACAAAGUUCCUACAGAUCAGAAGCACCAAUAAUUGAAUAUCCUCUAAAAUGCACUGCAUGGAAUGAAGCCAAUAAAACAUGCCCAAGAACACAUCCAGUCACUCAUGCACCCGAUCCGUUAUCGAAAAACGCGACCUGCCCGGAAUAUUUUCGAUGGAUUCAUGAAGAUUUAAGGCACUGGAAAGAGACAGGGAUUACUAGGGAGAUGUUAGAAGGGGCAAGAAAUAAUGCACAUUUUAGACUGGUGAUCUUAGACGGGAAGGUGUACGUGGAGAAAUAUAGGGAAUCAAUGCUUUAUCGGGUUUGGUUUACUGUUUGGGGCAUCGUACAGCUUGCCAGGUGGUAUCCCGGAAAAUUGCCGGAUUUGGAGCUGAUGUUUGACAGCGAAGACCGGCCGGUGAUUCCGGCCAGGGAUUUGGGUGCUCGUCCUUUGUUUCGGUAUUGUUCCGAUUGGGAGCAUAUGGACAUUGUCUUCCCAGAUUGGUCUUUUUGGGGCUGGCCUGAGAUCAACAUAAAGCCAUGGAGGAGUGUGAUGAAGGACAUAAAAAUAGGAAACAGCAAGAGCAAAUGGAGAGAUAGGGUACCGUAUGCCUAUUGGAAGGGAAACCCUCAUGUGGCUCCAUGGAGGGCUGAUCUUUUGAAAUGCAACGUUACGGACAAGGAUGAUUGGAACACUCGUUUAUACAUCCAGGACUGGAAUGAAGAAUACAAACGGGGAUUCAACAAUUCAAAUCUUGGGGAUCAAUGCACCUACAGAUACAAGAUAUAUAUAGAAGGAUGGGCAUGGUCAGUGAGUGAAAAGUACAUAUUUGCAUGUGAUUCCCCGGUGUUGUAUAUGACUCCUCGUUUCUAUGAUUUCUUCAUAAGAGGAAUGGUUCCCCAACGCCAUUAUUGGCCCGUGAAGGACCAUGAUAAGUGCAGAUCUCUUAAAUUCGCUGUUGAAUACGGAAACAAUCAUCCCGAAAAGGCAGAGGCGAUUGGAGCCGCAGGCAGUCGAUUUAUCCAAGAGGAUAUGAAGAUGGAAUACAUUUUUGACUACAUAUUCCAUUUGUUGAAUGAAUAUUCUAAGCUCUUGAAGUUCAAGCCUGAAAUUCCACCAAAAGCAACUGAGGUUUGUGCUGAAUCCAUAGCAUGUCCUGCUGAUGAGCUCUGGAGAAAAUCCAUGGAAGAAUCCUUGGAGAAAUCUCCUAGUAAUACCAAUCCAUGCAGUUUGCCCGCAGCUUAUGACCCUGAGGAACUUAAAGCAUUUAUUGAUGAAAAAGCUAAGUUAACCAUGGAAGUAGAGAGAUGGGAAAGUGAGUACUGGGAAAUGCAAACCAAGGUUCGAUGA